UAUAUGUGCACAAACUGAGGGGGGGUGGGGGAACUCAAAGGAGAGUAAAAAGGGGUGGAGAGAGUGGAGUGUGAGAAAGAGAAGAGAGGAGGAGAGAGAGCACGACAGAAAAGAAGGCAGGAAGCGUAAACACGCUGUCACUGAAUUUCAGACGGUGAUUUAUUGAGAGCACAGGCGAGAAGAGAAUUCAUAUAUACGCAAACAAAGGCUGCUAGUAAACACACACAGAAAUACACACAUACACAGACACUCACUGAAUCGCACACACACACAUAAACACGCAUGCUGAAGUGCACACACACACACACACACACAUGCACACUGAAGCUGUAACCGGACCAAAGACAGCGCAAGGCUGAAACUCUGGACUCUUAAAUUCUCAGCGAAACAGAGGAAGAGAUUUCCAGGACACUGCUGGAGACAGAGGAACCGUCUGCUGGAAACACACUGUCACUGAGAGAGGGAGGAAGAAAGAGGAGAGAGGAAGAUAAAAUACUGAAGAAGAGGAAACAGUGAGCAGCAGGGGACAGACGCUCCACAGGGGCUGGUCAGAUGUUCUGAGAUGCCACGUAUCCCUGUGUUGUCGUUUGUGACCCUGAGCUUGGCCAUCAUGCAUAGAGGGGUGGUUCUGGGAGCUCAGUAUGGAGACUGGACUGAUUCAGAUCUUCAGCCCACCAUUCAAAAGCUGAUGAAGGGCUACAACCGUUACCUAAGACCCAACUUUAAUGGGGGUCCUGUGGAAAUUGGAAUGAGCCUGGAUAUUGCCAGCAUUGAUGCCAUCUCAGAAAUCAACAUGGACUACACUGCGACCAUCUUCCUGCGGCAGCGAUGGCGGGACUCGCGGCUGGUGUUUGUGGGGAACGAGAGCGUCAGUGUGGACGGGCGGCUCGUCUCCCUGCUGUGGAUCCCCGACACCUUCAUCCCCGACUCCAAACGCUCCUUCCUGCACGACGUCACCGUGGAAAACCGCCUCAUCAGGAUCUUCAGCAACGGCACCGUGCUCUACGCGCUCCGAAUCACAGCCACCAUUGCCUGCAACAUGGACCUGACCAAAUACCCCAUGGACCGACAAGUGUGCACCCUACAGCUGGAGAGCUGGGGGUAUAACCUGCAGGAUGUGGUGUUCUACUGGACCCGUGGUAAUGACUCUGUGAGGGGAUUGGACACACUGAGGCUGGCCCAGUACAGUGUGGAGAGCUACUACACCACAGUGACACAGGCUGUCUAUGAGACAGGUCUGUACCCUAAGCUGGUGCUACACUUCGCUCUGCGCAGAAACGUGCUCUUCUUCAUCCUGGAGACCUACGUCCCCUCCACCCUGCUGGUGGUGCUGUCCUGGGUGUCCUUCUGGAUCAGCCAAUCAUCUGUCCCGGCUCGGACCUGCAUCGGUGUGACCACUGUUCUGACUAUGACCACGUUAAUGAUGGGGGCGCGCACAUCGCUGCCGAACGCUAACUGCUUCAUUAAGGCCAUCGACGUCUACCUGGGCAUCUGCUUCACCUUCAUCUUUGGGGCUCUGCUGGAGUACGCCAUCGCCCACUUCUGCACCAUGCAGCACCAGACCAUCGGAGACCUGCAGAGAGAGCUGCAGAAGGACCUGGAAGAGUCCAGUGGGAAUGGUGCCAUACCACUGGUUAGCUCCGCCCACCCCAGGCGACCGAUGGAAUUAGACCCCGCCCAGCCGGAGGAAGUGGGCCAAUCGGCUGGCGGCAGAGGCGGGGCAGUGCUGAGGGUGCAGGGAAAGGGGCGUGGCCUGGGCUCUGUUAAGGAGGCGUCCCGUAAAGCCACGGCAGCGUUCAGCGUGCAGAACCCCCACAACAUCGACCGCCACGCCCGCACCGUCUUCCCCCUCGCCUUCCUCAUCGUCAACAUACUGUACUGGCUUUAUUACCUCUUCCUCUGAGAGCAGUGGCCUUUUCAAUCACUCUAUCUCUCCAUCACCCCACCCCUCUGCCUCUCUGUCCCUCUAUCCCUCUACCCCUCUGUCUCUCUGUCCCUCUACCUCUCUGUCUCUCUGUUCCUCAAUCACUCUAUCUCUCCAUCACUCUAUUCCUUAAUCAAUCCAUCACCCCAUCCCUCUGUCUCUCUGUCCCUCCAUCUCUCUGUGUGAUACAUCUCUCUGCCCAUCUCUCUGUCCCACAAUCCCUCUGCCCAUCUCUCUGUCCCUCAGUCACUCUAUCUUUCCAUUACCCCAUCCCUCUGUCCCCCUAUCCCUCAAUCACUCCAUCUCACCAUCCCUCCAUCAGCCAGCUUUCUCCAUCGGUCCAUCACUCCAUGUCGCAUCAUUCUAUCACUCCUUCACACCAUCUCUCCAUACCUCAAUCACUCCAUUCUUCCAUCACCCAGCCUUCUACACCACUCUCUUCCUUUAUCACUCCCACACUCCUCUUACCUCCUGGCUUCUGCAAAGGAACAAACAAAAAUUCCAGUGUGACUCCAGGGGCAUAUAACUGUAAUACCAGAGUUCAACAACAGGGGGUGAUAUACACUGUAACAUAGAAUAUGGUUAUUGAUGUAGCAGAGGUAGUUUGGCCCAUACCUGUAAUAAUGGCCUUCAUAUUGUGCAGAGUGAUACAUUUCCUGAAUACAGUUAUAUUACUGAAUAUUUCAUUUGUCACUUUGAUGAUCUUGUUGAAUGUAAAUCGUGAAAUUCAUAUCUGUAUCUGUGUUCUAUUUGCCUAUACUUGUUUGUAAUGCUGUUACAUUAAAAUCGUGUUAAGGGUA